UAACUAUACGCAGUAGCAAAAUGGAAGAAAACGCAUUUGAAUUAUGGAAGAAACAGAAAGAAGAACAAAGACAAAAGAAAUUCCAAGAACAACAAGAGAUAAGAGAAAUGAUGGAGAAGUAUUGGCCAUGGGAACACGAAAGGACCAAACCACGGGGAAAAUCGAACCUUUUUGAAGAAGAAAUAUAUCCAGUUGAAGAAUUCGGAAAAGUCAAAAGAAUCACGGAAAUACCGGAGGUCAAUAGGCCUAAACAAUUGGGCAAUAAGCACAUAUCACAUGCAAAAAGGGCACAAGGUAGCAAAGACACUUCAGCAACUAGUACUAAAUCGCAAAAUGUCGAAAUUUUUAAAAAAGACCUCCGUAAAGAAAAGAUCAAUUGUUAUUAG